CACAUAUGCAUGUAAUCCAAGGGGAUUUCAUUCUAAAAAUGUUACUAAACCCCGGACCCUGCAUUCACUAUAUCUGGUCUCCCACAGACCCUGCAUUCACUAUAUCUGGUCUGCUACAGUACAUACAACAUGGAACUGCAAUUAUUUUAGUAAAUAUAAACUGCUAAAUACCUUUUCUCAUCAGCAGUUAGAGCAGUCUUGUGACUUCUAUCAGUGUCUAGCAGUGCACUGGUUAAAGCUUGUAGGAGGAGUUUUCAUUCUCCCCU